UGCAAUUUCAGUAGUUCCCGAUGUGUCCUACAUCAAACACACUGGCUAACAAUGAACGGUGAAAGUAAGAGCAAUGGACUGGACAAUCCAGCCUUCGAAAAGGAACCCACCGACACGGAAAAGGGAAAUGGUCAACUGUCUCCUCCACAGGAUGACGAAGAUGACGACGGACAAGAGCGGGCAACCUGGGGCAAUGGGAUUGAGUUCCUGAUGUCCUGCAUAGCCAUGUCGGUAGGUCUCGGUAACAUCUGGAGGUUCCCGUUCAUAGCAAACAGGAACGGUGGUGGAGCCUUCUUGAUUCCCUACAUCAUCAUCCUGACAGUGAUCGGAAGACCCAUGUACUACAUGGAGAUGGCCCUGGGACAGUUCUCCAGCAGGGGAAACGUGAAGAUGUACGAGAAGAUGUCGCCGGUUCUGAAAGCUAUUGGAUAUGGUCAACUCAUCGGCUCAACAAGCGUCGCCACCUAUUACUGCAGUCUGAUGGCCAUAACGCUCUUCUACUUCGUCAAUUCCUUCACCUCUGACUUUCCAUGGGCUACUUGCAAUCCUGAUUGGAGCGAGUACUUGGAGAAAAGAAAUCUGACCUGCGUAAACGCCACUAACACUGACAGGGACAGUAUCCCGACCAAUGGGACGAUUAGUUCGUCAGAAAUGUAUUUCAGGAGAGAAGUCUUGAGAGAAACCGACGACAUCAGCGAUGGAAUUGGUCUACCAGAUUGGCGGCUCACGCUGUUCCUUCUGCUCUCCUGGUUCAUCACAUUUUUGGUGUCUAUAAAGGGAGUUAAAAGUUCCGGGAAGGCUUCCUACUUUCUGGCACUGUUCCCCUACGUCAUCAUGAUCGCCUUGCUCAUUAGAGCAGCUACUUUAGAAGGCGCAGCUGAUGGAAUGUUCUUCUUCAUCGAUACGGACUGGAACAGACUCUUGGAUGCAGAUGUGUGGUAUGCUGCAGUCACCCAAUGCUUCUUCUCCCUCAACGUAGGGUUUGGUUCCAUCAUCAUGUUCUCGUCCUACAACGGCUUCAGGCACAACAUCAACAGGGACGCGCUUGUGGUUACCACUCUGGAUACCUUCACUUCAUUGUUAUCUGGAGUGACCAUAUUCGGAAUCCUGGGCAACUUGGCCUACGAAAUGGGUGUCUCGCCCAGCGAAGUGUUAGCUGCAGGCGGUGGGACGGGUUUGGCGUUCAUCUCAUACCCUGACGCCAUUUCUAAGUUCCAGCACGUGCCAUGGCUGUUCGCCAUUCUGUUCUUCUUCAUGUUGUUCGUGUUGGGUGUGGGCAGUCUGGUGGCCCUUCAAAGUACCCUAAAUACAGCCAUCAGCGACGCCUUUCCUAACGUUAAAUCGUGGGUAGUAUCGGGCGGUACGGCUAUAGGAUGUUUCCUGAUUGGUUUAAUGUAUGUGACCCCGGGAGGUCAGUACAUGCUGGAUCUGGUGGAUCACUUUGGAGGAACUUUCAUAAUCUUCGUGUUCGCUAUUCUUGAAAUAACAGCCGUCAUGUGGCUUUACGGCUUAGACAACUUCCUGUUAGAUCUGCAGUUCAUGACAAGUCACAAGGCUGGACUUUAUUGGAGAAUAUGUUGGGGUCUGAUAAUGCCCGUUCUGUUAAUGGUGAUCUUCAUUUACUUCGUCGCAACUCUACAACCUCUAACAUAUGGAAUUGAUGAUUUAGUAUAUCCUGAUGGAAUUAUGGCAUUUGGUUGGUGCAUUUUGGGUGCAGGUGUUCUGCAAGCAAUCGGAUGGUUAAUCUACUAUCUCUAUGCCAAUAGGGACCCACCAAAAGAGAUCUUCUGCCAAACUUUCUCUACCAAAACAUGGGCCCCGCAAGGACCAAAGAGGACUGCGGCAUGGAGAGCGUUCAAAGAGGACAUCUUCAAAAACAGACCGAAGCGAAGAAACUGGUUCGAAAAGAAGGGCAGGCUAUUGAUAGGAAAAUCAUAACGUAACACUUGCUAUUGUAAAACAAUAUGUAAAAUACUUUGAGACAGCCUGUGAUAUAAUAUUGUUAAUUUUAAUCGAUUUUAAAUUAUUACAAACAAAAUAUUAAUUGAUAAGUUGUGACGAUGUGGUGUUGUUGAGCUGUUUGACUGUUUUAUUUCUCUUAUUAGAGAAACCCAGUUGCCAUGGUGUAAUAAAAGUGAUUACAGUACA